AUUAUAAUUUGUAUAAAGAAAGUUUCAACAUGAAAUUUAUUGCCAGCCUUGUGUUGGUUUUGGCCCUUGUGGCAAAUAAUGCAAGUGCACGAAGCUUGUUGGGCGAGCUUGGACAAGAUUUUGGCAACUUUGGCAAUCAAAUUGGACAGGCGGCUUCACAGUUUGGCAAUGAUAUCGGACAAGCAGCCAACAGCCUUGGCAAUGAACUUUCCAACGAUGGUGAGGCUAUUGGAUCAGCUGCCGCUGAUGCUGGAGAGAGUGUUGCUUCCGAUGCCACCAAAGCUGCAGACACCAUAGCUUCAAAUGCCACUAAAGUCUACCACGAUGUGGGUUCAGCUGCCACCAAGGCGGGACAAAGUAUCGCUUCGUCUGCUGUGAGUGCUGCCAACAAUGUUGCUUCGUCUGCUGUUAGUGCUGCCAACAAUGUUGCUUCCGAUGCCACCAAUGUGUAUCACGAUGUGGGCUCAGCUGCCACCAAGGCUGGCGAGAGUGUUGCCUCAUCUGCCGUCAGUGCUGCCGAUAACGUUGCCUCAUCUGCCGUGAAUGUGUAUCACGAUGUUGCCUCAUCUGCCACCAAGGCUGCGGAUACCAUUGCAGCAAAUGCCACCAAAGUGUACCACGAUGUUGCCUCGGCUGCCACCAAUGCUGGCGAGAGCAUUGCUUCGUCUGCUGUGAGUGCUGCCAAUAAUAUCGCCAAUGCUGCCACCAACAUUUGGAACUCGAUAGCAAACGAUGCUACCAAUGCUGCUGAUAAUGUUGCUUCAGACGCUACGAAAGUUUACAACAAUGUUGCCUCGGCUGCCGUGAGUGCUGCGGAUACAAUUGCUGCAAAUGCCACCAAAGUUUAUAACAAUGUUGCUUCCGCUGCCACCAAUGCUGGUGAAACAGUCGCCUCUGAUGCCACCAAUGCUGCCGAUAACAUCGCCUCUGCUGCUGUUAGUGAUGCAGAUAAGGUUGCAUCAGAUGCUACCAAUGUUUACCACGCUGUGGGUUCGGCUGCCACCAAUGCUGGUGAGAGUAUUGCCUCAUCGGCCGUCAGUGCUGCCGAUAAUGUUGCCUCGGCUUCUGUGAGUGCUGCCGAUAAUGUUGCCUCAGCAGCCGUCAGUGAUGCUAACAACGUGGCUUCAUCGGCCGUCAGUGCUGCCGACAACGUUGCCUCUUCCUCCGUCAGUGCUGCCGAUAAGAUUGCUUCUGCCUCCGUCAGUGCUGCCGAUAAGGUUGCCUCCUCUGCUGUCAGUGCUGCCGAUAAAGUUGCUUCAUCUGCCGUGAGUGCUGCCAAUAAAGUUGCAUCGUCCGCUGUGAGUGCUGCCAACAAUGUUGCCUCUUCUGCCGUCAGUGCUGCCAACAACGUUGCUUCAGCUGCGGCUUCUGAUGCCUCCUCCGAUGCUUCAAGUGUUGCCAGCAGUGUUGACUCGGCUGCCGCCAAUGUUGCCAGCAGCAUCGACUCUGCUGCCUCCAGUGUGGACAAAGCAGUUGCUUCCGAUGCCUCCAGUGUGGCCAGCACUGUGGCCAAGGAUGCAACAACUGCAGCUGGCGGCAUUGUCGUCGAUGCUGGACACAUUGCCACCGAUGCAGCUGGUGCUGCCAUCGGCAUUGCUGGUGCUGCAACAAAUGUUGCUGCUGGCGUUGUUGGUGGUGCACUCAAUAUUACCAGCAACAUACUCGGUGGCAUUGCCAACCUACUUUAAAGUUAAAAAUAUAUACAAAACUAUAUAUGUACAUAACACUAUCGAAAACAAAAAAAGAUAAUAACAUACACACUUUAUAUAAACAUAAUCAGUCUAACGAUUAAAUGAUUAUUAUUGCA